CCUGGUGUAUGUGUGUUUUGGUGGGCAGGGGCAGCUGAUGAGUUUAUUUGUGGACGUUGGAACAAUCUAAAUCCACAGACUAGCUCAACACAACUGAGACCUGCUGCAGCCAUGGCUGCUGCAUUCCUGGUAAUAAGAGUUUUGCUGUUUUUCUGGCUGACCGACGUGACCUGUUCCUCAUCUUUGAUCGGGGAGACGUUUCAGCUUAAAGAACAAGACGACCUAAGUAAAAGUUUGGAACGCUAUCAGCAACGCAAUAAAUUUCCUGUCAACUGGCCACCAAGAGUCCAUUUCUCAAAUUUUCCCAUUUCCCCUCAAAGCGGUGGAAAAAUCUGCUCCGACAUGAAACCGUGUGGAACUGGCAGAUAUGUAAUCCAAAGCAGGAUUAUCCCGUCUGAGUUUGCUGAGGAAAGGAGAAGGAAAGUCCUCUAUGGACCAAAACAUGGACCAAAACCCAGUUUUAUGUUCUACAUAUCUGUUCCUAUACCACACCAGCUUACAGCUAAAGGCUCUCAUGCUCUGUACCAUCAUGAUCUCCAUCAUCCUCCUCAUCCACCAAAACAUCCUGGUCCAGGACCUCACCAUGUACAUCAAGGGACCCAUAAUCCACAUGAACCAAAGCGCCAUGGUCCGGGACCUCACCAUGUACAUCAAGGGACCCACUAUCCAUAUCAACCCAAACUCCCUGGUCUGGGUCCCCACCAUCCACCUCGCCGCUGCCCCCUGCAUGGUCCCUGUCCACAACCCCACAAGCAUCGACGGCCAUACUCUGCAAAACUUGAUAUGUCUCGGGUUAUGCACAAUAUGUUUGGGCACCGUGUAAACAAAGGGAGGCAGAUGAAACCUGAUGAACUGUCCAUUCACCAAACAGACAAAAAGAAUCUGGGAUCCAAAGGACACGAUAAAAUCAAAGCGUAAAAAAGGGUGACGUCUAAAGGAAAUUCAAGUGAAUGAAGGCUAAAAUGUUUCCACCUGACGCCCAACAAACCUGGUCCUAAGAUCCAACUGAAAACCAGCCUGAAGCCUCUGUAGGAGUUGAAUUCAGGACUGCCAUGUGAACGGCAAGAUUGUCAUCUUGUUUCAAGAAUAAAGAGAUUUUCUAAACAUUCUGUCAAACUUUAAUGUUCUGGAUCACUUCAGCCUUAUUAG